GUGAACCACAGCCCAGAAAGAAGAAACAAUCCUCUUGGUUGAAGUUGAAGAUUUGUCUCUAAGAAAAAGAAACAAUCCUCUUGAAGUUGAAGAUUUUUCUCUAAGAGUAAGAACAGAGCCAUGCCAGUGCUUUCAGAAGACUCAGGGUUGCACGAAACUUUGGCCCUUUUGACAUCUCAGCUAAGACCUGAUUCAAACCAUAAAGAGGAAAUGGGAUUCCUGAGGGAUGUCUUCAGUGAAAGGAGUCUCAGCUACCUGAUGAAGAUUCAUGAAAAGCUCCGGCAUUAUGAAAGACAGAGCCCAACUCCUGUUUUACACAGUGCAGCAGGAUUAGUUGAAGAUGUAAUAGAAGAGUUGCAGACAGCACCAGUGAAUAAUGAAGAAAAGGAGCUGCUUCAGCUGUUGUCAACACCACAUCUCAGGGCAAUGCUGGUAGUACAUGACACUGUAGCACAGAAGAACUUUGACCCAGCUCUUCCACCUCUGCCUGAUAAUUUUGAUGAUGAUUUUGAUGAGGAAUCAGUGAAAAUUGUUCGGCUAGUGAAAAAUAAAGAACCCUUGGGAGCCACCAUCAGAAGAGAUGAGCACACAGGAGCUGUGAUUGUAGCCAGGAUCAUGAGGGGUGGUGCAGCUGAUCGCAGUGGUCUUGUCCAUGUUGGAGAUGAACUAAGAGAAGUCAAUGGUAUUACUGUGCUUCACAAACGACCAGAAGAAAUAAGUCAGAUUUUGGCUCAGUCUCAAGGGUCAAUCACACUGAAGAUAAUUCCAGCCAUCAAAGAGGAAGAUCGCCUCAAGGACAGCAAGGUGUUCAUGAGGGCACUGUUCUGCUAUAACCCCAGGGAGGACAGAGCCAUCCCCUGCCAGGAGGCCGGGCUGCCCUUCCAGCGGCGCCACGUGCUGGAGGUUGUGAGCCAGGACGAUCCCACGUGGUGGCAGGCCAAGCGUGUGGGGGACACCAACCUCAGAGCAGGCCUGAUCCCCUCCAAACAGUUCCAAGAAAGACGACUGACUUACAGGAGAACAACAGGCACUCUGCAGAAUACCAGAACUCUGAAGAAACCUUUAUAUGAUCAGUCUUCUGACAAAGAAGACUGUGACUGUGAAGGAUAUUUCAAUGGACACUACAUAGGCAGUGAAGCACUUGAGGACUCCUGAGUUUAAGCCUUAUGUUAUCUUUGUGAAGCCUCACAUUUCAGAAAAGAAAAAACAUGUCUUAAAAUCUCACAUGUCAGAAGAAAUCUCAUCCCCUCUUGAUGAAGAACAGCAGGAAAUUCUAAAUUCAGCAGCAUUCAUUGAAGAGCAGUAUGGCCAUUUAAUUGACACUGUGCUGGUGAAAGAAGAUCUCCAGAGUGCAUGUAAUGAGCUGAAAAGUGUGUUGGAUAAACUGAACAAGGAUUCAUUUUGGGUGCCAGUCAGCUGGGUUAGGUCAUAGCUUGUUACCAUGUUUAAAGGAAAGACUGUAUAAAAAUGUUCUGUAAAUACAUGAAUUAGAAAAGGGGAGUACAUUGAAUUUGCUUCAAAACUGCUGGUCUUACCUGGAAGGCAAUAAAUAAAGAAUGUAUGAGGAAAGACUAACAAAGUCACAGACUGA